AUGUAUCUAUCUGUCUUUACCAAUCUAUCUAGCUAUCUAUCUCAUCUGUCUAUAAAUUUCUAUCUAUCUGUCAAUGUAUCUAUCUUUCUUUCUCAAUCUAUCUAUCUAUCUAUCUAUUUCAUUUUAUCUAUCUAUCUAUCUAUCUAUCUAUCUAUCUAUCUGUCUAUCUAUCUCAGUCUGUUUAUAUCUAUCUAUCUAUCUAUCUCAGUCCGUUUUCAUCUAUCUAUAUAUCUAUCUAUCUAUUGUAAUCAUUCUAUCUAUUGUAGUCAUUUUAUCUAUCUAUCUAUCUAUCUAUCUAUCUAUCUAUCUCAGUCUGUUUAUAUCUAUCUAUCUAUCUAUCUAUCUAUCUAUCUAUACACAAAAUACAUCUACGCAGAAGAAAAAAAUGUCCUUCCCACGGGACUUAAAUAUCAAAAUAAAAUAAUAUAUUUAUAUCUAUCUAUCUAUCUAUCUAUCUAUCUAUCUAUCUAUCUAUCUAUCUAUCUAACUCAGUCUAUUAAUAUCUAUCUAUUUAUCUAUCUCUGUUUAUCCCAGUCUGUUCAUAUUUAUCUUAGUCUGUUCGUAUCUAUCUAUCUAUCUAUCUAUCUAUCUAUCUAUCUAUCUAUCUAUGUCUCUGUCUCUCUGUCUCUCUGUCUCUCUCUCUCUCUCUCUGUCUUUACUUUCGCAAAAUCAUCUUUACCAUGGGCAGGAGGGAGUCGUCAGCGAUACGAUCUUCCUGGGUUCCUCGAGAAUUUCGAUUCACUCACAAUCGUAUUCUCUUCCCUAAGUGACCCAGUCAGGGUUGAUCGGAAGCUGAUAAACCCCACUCCACCCCGAAACCGCCACCACACCAACAAACUUCGCCUCCAUUUUGAUGUUGGAAAAGUUUGA